AUGGCCGCCCUACGUGAGCCCGAGAUCGUUCUCUACGACCUGGCGUGCACCAAGAACAUCUGCUUCUCGCCCGUGGUCUGGCGCAUCCGCCUCAUGCUGAACUACAAGCGCAUCGCCUACAGGACUAUCUUCCUUGAAUUCCAGGACAUCGAGCCAACACUGAAAGAGCUCGGCAUUCCCCCCGCCACCACAGAGUCCACAAUAAAAUACACCGUGCCCACAAUCCACCACAUCCCAAGCAACAAAUACAUCAUGGAAUCCGCGCAGAUCGCAGAGUUUCUCGAAUCAACAUACCCCGACCCACCCGUCCCACUAACCUCCGCACUCGGCCGCGAGAUCGAGUCCAAGGCGCGCGCCGUCGUCGGCACCAUCUUCGGGAAGUCCAUUAUGGCGCGCGAGGUAAAUAUCCUGUCACCCCAGGCGGGGGAAUACUUCCGCCAGACGCGCGAGCCCAAAAUCGGACGUCGGCUUGAAGAGUUACUCGCGAACGAGGACGAAACCUGGGACGCGGCGGAUGGAGAUAUUCGUGCCGUUGGCGGCCUCAUGCAAAGGAAUAAGGCCGAUGGGCCGUUUUUGCUGGGUGAUCGGCCUAGCUACACUGACUUUUUUAUUGCUGGGGCUCUUCAGAAUGCGAGGGUUAUUGAUGAGGGGGUGUUUCAGCGGAUCUCUAAGUAUGAUGGAUAUAAACAGAUUUAUGAGGCGUGUUUGCCUUAUAUGGAGAAGGAGGAUUGA